GAGCUCCUCCAAUGCGUGCGCGCGCGCACGAGGGAGAGCGCGUGUAUGUGUGUGUGUGUGUGAAGCGUGUGUGCCGAGUGUGUGUGUGUGUGUGUGUGUGUGUGUGUGUGUGCGUGCCUGCCCACGCGCGUGUGUCUGCUCUGCUGUUGCUGCCCUUUGAUCCCUGCAUUAGUGUUAGUUAGGGGCUCGGAGACACACUUGCACCGAGAGCAGCCAUAGUCAAGACACGGCAACAACAACAGCGAGCGGCACCUCCUCCGCCCGUGUUCCCGUUCCCCCCCUGAACAAUACACUUUAAACCGAGCAAAGCCAGGUGCACGACCGAGUCCCUGCCAUCACUGGCGCCUCCAGUCUCAAUGGGAAAAAUCCUUUUUUCUCCUCAUCCCCAAACAAGGACGAGAAUGUGAUUAAAAGCGGGGGGAAAAUGCCAAGGAGGAAGCAGGAGCAGCCCAAGCGCCUGCCUUCACAUGUGGACGGCGAUGAAGAAGAGGGCCCCAAUGACGGUGCGGCGGAGGAGGAAGGCUGGUUUGGGAAUGCCUCCGACACGCGCUCCGACUCGUCAUCGUUUGGCGACACGCAGGACGAGCUCCUGCUGCACAGAGGCUCCUCUCCUGAGGAGCAGUCCGGGAUCGGUGGCGGCUCCGUGGAUCAUGACACCUGUGGAGGCGAGAGCUCACUGGGUUGCCCGGCACCCGUCCAUCGUGCCUCUUUGGAACUUCUUGGCCUGGAUGGAAGUACAUUCUCGGCCCAGGACACUCUUUCCUCUGUUGUGUCGUCGCUAUAUGGCGAGGCAGCAUCUCGAGCCCUGGGGAAACCACUCAGCAGCAACCUGCGGCGCCUCCUAGAGGCAGGCUCGCUCAAACUUGAUGGUGGAGAGGUCCUGGGUCGGUCAUCUAGGGGAAAUGCUGGCGGAGAGUCCCCUCCGAUCGCACUAGCUCCACCUUUGACCCUUUCUCCAUCUUCCCACCAUGCCCAGCAUUUAAGUGCUCUUGCUCGAAAACUGGCAAACAACAACAGUGGCUCAGCUUCACCAGCCUCCUUGGCACCCUCAGUCACCAACAUAAAGCAAGAGCCCCUUGACCCCUUUAACUCUGUCACCCCCACCAAUGGAAGCGGCUUUGUGUGGGCAGGCGUGGCCGACAAAUGGCCGCCGGCCUCCUGCUCUACGCCUUGCGGCUCCAGCUUGUCCCCAGAUUCUGCAAUCCAGAAGUUAAAAGCGGCAGCUAACGCCGUGCUUCAAGACAAGAAUGCCGUUGCUUCCUCCUCAACGACCUCUUCCUCAUCCACCUCAUCCGCAGUGCCCGCGCUGGGUGGGGGCGGUCGAGGAGAUGAUGUGGUGCGCUUUGAUACCUUCAACUCUCCGUUCAGCCCGCAGUCGGCGAGCUCCACCCUUGCCGCACUUUCCAAGAAAGUGAGUGAGAGGACCCAAGGCUCAUCGACAGCCAGCACAGUGUCGGACCACCAAACCUCGGCGAGCUCCUUCCUCUCGCUUGUGUCAAUUACCACCUCCUCUGCUGCCUUGCUCAAAGAGGUGGCAGCCAGAGCGGCAGGAAACCUACUGGCAGAGAAGAAGGACGGUUCCCCUUUGUCGACUGUAGGAGUCCUCCAAGAGGACGUGAAGCCCCUGCUGGACAAGAACCAGAAAGCACCGACGCCCACUACGCCGACGCAAAGCUUAGAGUUGUUGUUACCGUCUACGCCGAAGAGCAGAGGCAAACCAAACAACCAAGCAGGCUCUCCUGAGGAUGGCGGCAAACCUUUCCAAUGUCCUGUAUGUGGACUGGUCAUCAAACGCAAGAGCUACUGGAAGAGACACAUGGUCAUUCACACAGGCUUGAAAAGCCAUCAGUGUCCACUGUGUCCCUUCCGCUGUGCUCGCAAAGACAAUCUCAAGUCUCACAUGAAGGUACAUCAGCACCAGGAUCGAGGCGAGACAUUUCAGUGUGAACUUUGUCCCUUUACCUCCUCCCGACACUUCAGCCUGAAGCUUCACAUGCGCUGCCACCAGCACUUCCCUCGCACCGACGUCAAGGUGAAAGAAGAGCCCACCACCGACACGGAGGGCGAGGGAUCCCUGCUGGGCGACAGCGGCACCAAUGACCUGAGAGCGGCCGAGGCAUCGCCGCUGCAGGCCGAGGCCCAGCAGCAAACCUCCCCUCCGAACGAAGCAUCUUCUAAUCAUGUCCACGUCAAGGAGGAGCCUCAGGAGAGGGAUCUGUCAGUGCUCUCUCCGUUCAGCAUUUGCAGAGACCGACCUGGCAGCAGUACUAACUCCCUAGACCUACCUGGAGUUGGUAUCGGAGUUGGGAUGAGAUCCAGUCCAAGUGGUCCGACCACAGCUUCACUUUUUAGCCCUGACAUCACUACCAAAACGGCGACUGACCUGCUUAUGAAGCUUUCAGCCAACCAGAGGGAAUCACUGAAGUCUCCAUUCCACCUGAAAGAAGAGCCCAAAGUGGAGGAGGCACCGAGCCCGAGACCAUCCUCGCAGUGCCAGAGCCAGGUUCAGCCAAGCUUCCCUGGGUCGUUCUGCCAGGAUGGGUUGACGGGGGCGGCAGCGAUAGCCAUGGAGUCCCUGAAGCCGAGGGAAGGAAGCCCCAUGGCUAAAAACAGCCUGCUGAGCCAGGAUAUCAACGUUAAGGUGGCCUCUGAGCUGCUGAUCAAGCUGUCAGAGAACAGCAAAGAUGCCCAGUAUCAGAAGGUGAAGGUAAAGGCCGAGCCCAUGGAGGUGGACCCACCCCCUGCAGAACUUACCCCGCCUGCCUCCCACCUGCUGACCUUCAGCACUUUAGGGGCGAGUGAGAAGAACGAGCCAAUGAGCAACCUCCCAGAGACGUUGGCCUGCCCCCAGAAAGACCUCUUCUCCCAAGACAUAUCGGUCAAAAUGGCUUCAGAGCUGCUGUUUAAACUGUCAGAAAAAGUAAGCAAAGCCAACAACCACAAAGACAGUAACAUGGUGGGAAUAAAUAGUUCAUUCCUGGACGAGUGCUUCAGACAAUCACCCUUUAACUCGCGCUCCAAGAGCUCGUCCCCCGCAGAGGCCAGUUCCUCCAACAGGGUGCCGUUCCACGAUUCUGAGAAGGACGACGGCGAGCCAGGAAACGGCCUCGCCCAGUGGAAGCUACACGAGCAGCUCUUCCCCUGUCCCGUCUGCGGGAAAGUGUUCGGCAGGCAGCAGACCCUGUCCAGACAUCUGUCGCUCCACACAGAGGAGAGGAAAUACAAGUGUCACCUGUGUCCUUACGCAGCCAAGUGCAGAGCAAACCUCAAUCAGCACCUGACCAUCCACUCUGUGAAGCUGGUCCAAACGGACGCCGAGCAGAUCGUCAGCGCCGUCACCGCCGACUCCACAGAGCGCAAGAACUGCCCAUACUACUACAGCUGCCAUGUGUGCGGUUUCCAGACGGAGCUGAAUGCCCAGUUUGUCAGCCACAUGUCGCUUCAUGUGGACAAGGAGCAGUGGAUGUUCUCGCUCUGCUGCAGCGUCUGUGACUACGUCUGUAUGGAGGAGAGCGACAUGAAGAGCCACAUCAGCACCGGACACGCAGGUUUGAAUUCAAGAAGUCCCCUCAGCGAAACCAAGAGCACCUCAUCGUCUCUCUCGGCCCUUAGCGAUUCUCUCAACAGCUCGGAGGGCGGGGACGUUGCCCACGGCAACGAAGAACUGAAGAACCUGCUGGCGCCGCCCUCGUCGGCGGGCAGCCAGGCGAGCUGCGGAAGUCACUCGGGAUCAGGAACUGAGGACAAGUCGGACAAAGGCUUCGAGUGUGUUUUCUGCAACUUUGUGUGCAAGACGCGCAGCAUGUACGAACGGCACCUCCAGAUCCACCUGAUCACGCGGAUGUUUGAGUGCGACGUUUGCCACAAGUUCCUGAAGACGCCCGAGCAGCUGCUGGAGCACAAGAAGUGCCACACCGUCCCCUCCGGAGGGCUCAAGUGCCCUUUUUGCAUCUACUCCACCAACCGUCCAGCGGCCAUGGAGUGCCACCUGAAGACGCACUGUAAGGUGGAGUACCGCUGCCGCAUCUGCCAGGGUCUGUGGCCGGACCAGGCCUCGCUGGAGGCGCACAUGCGGGGGCAUCGCCUGGGCAACCACUACAAGUGCGAGCGGUGCGGCUACCUGUCCAAAACGGCCAACAAGCUCAUCGAGCACGUGCGCGUGCACACGGGCGAGCGGCCCUUCCACUGCGACCGCUGCUCGUACAGCUGCAAGCGCAAGGACAACCUCAACCUGCACAAGAAGCUGAAGCACGCGCCGCGCCAGACUUUCGGCUGCCGAGAGUGCCCCUUCACCACCACGCACCCCUUCGUCUUCAGCCGCCACCUCAAGAAACAUCAGAGCGGAGGCCCGGGGGGGUUGAAUGGAGGUGUAGGAGGGGGAGGCGAGGACGAGGAGGAGGAGAAGAGUGGCGGAAGCGGCGGCAGCAGCCCCCUCAUGAGCCUGACAGCGUCGCAGGCGCUGCAGUCCGUCGCGCUGUCGCUAACGCUGGGCCGGUCCCGCCAACCCGAAACGGCGAGCCACAGUAUCAGCAGCCCCUCUCUCUUCCCUCCCUCCUCUCGCCAUAUAUUGGAGCAGUACAGAAACGGCGAGCAGGCCCACCUGAUCCCCCUCACCACCCUUUACACAUUCCACUCGCACCUCCACUCAAGAUGGCGGCCGGCCACGUCUCCCCACGUCUUCGCCUCGCCCUCCCACUCCCACAAGCACUCCUUCCUGGCCUACCUGGGACUAAUGGAGAGGGCCAAGACUGUGUGACCUCACCCUCCUCCACCUCUUGACCACUGCAGCGGGAGCAACGUCUUUUCCAAUCAGACCAGCAGAAUAAGCUGGACCAGACAAACAUAUUAAAGGACGAAAAAUAAUAAUAAAAAAAAAACAUUUAUAAGAGAAAAACGCUGUACAUGCUAAAAUGCAUUUAUAUCAAAAAGCUGCUUUUCUUAUCAGUUCUAUCAAUUGAAUUAUUACUACUACAAGUACUACACUCUAUUACCUUUUUGUUUUCUGUUUGUAAGCAUCUGAAUGACCUGGACCCAGUCGCUUUAUCUGAUGAAACUUGCGGUUUUAUAGAUAUUUUUCUUUAGUCGUUUGACAAAAAAA